AUGACCCGGUGGGCUCUGCUGGUCCUGAGGUCUGAUGUUGGCAGAGUCCUGGUUGUUUCAGCGACCCCAAUCCCAGCCUUCCAGCUCCUUCCUCAGAACUGUCCCCAAACCACUCCCUUCCCUGUGUCCUCGAAGAGCCCUUCAGUUACCACCACAGGCCCCCCAGCUACCUGGGGCUUCCUAAGCUCUGGAACCCCGUCUGGACCACGCAUUGCCCUCUCGCUGGAUGUCCCCAUUGGCCUCCUACAGAUUUUACUGGAACAGGCCCGGACCAGGGCUGAGGAGCAGGCUGCCACCAACGCUCGCAUCCUGGCCCAUGUUGGCCGCCGCUAAACCUGAGGUGGGGGUUAUAAGGAUGGGAUCAGCCUUGAUGGAAAGACGUAGAGGAUGGCAACAGAGCUGGAUCAUACUAUAUCUGGGCAGAAUGCACCGAACACCACCGUAAUGGGGCCACUGCCAAGUGGAGUCAUAUCACAUCUGAGUAUACACAGUCAGGGGGGUCGGGACAGUUUGGACAUUGUUGUGUUGAUGUCUUGCUAUGCCUGUGUGCUCUACAGACUUACAGUAUGUCUGGAAAGUUUGGACAGUACCAUACAAGGUCUUGCUAUGUCUGGGUGCCCCACAAUCACAGAGCAUCUGGACAUCAUCAUAUGUGGUAACCAUCAUAUUGCAUUCAGAGCUUCAAUACGGGAGCCCAACAUUGCAUCUGAGACCAGUACAUCCAAGGCCCACAGGUUCAUCCCCCUCCAUAGGCCCCACACAUGGAAGUGCUGACUGAGGGUCACAUACAUGUUUUUGCUUCAUGAGGCAGCACCUAUCCCAGUAUGGAUAGGGCUGUCAGGGGCAUCUGAGACAUAAGUGGUUGUACACAGAAAGUCCUGACCACAGUGUCUUAUCUUGUGGGUGUGUAUACACAUGUGGCUGAGUCUCUGUGUGCUGCCAUUUGCAAAACUGACAUCUGAGUAUGUGAGCAAGGUGACGGGGGAAGGGGCAAGGAGGAGUGGGUGCUUGUCCUCCAAACCUGCAUGAAGCACACAUACCACACAGCUGAGCAUUGUCUUUCCAUAUCCAGCUUUGAUUCUUGGAAACACAUGAAUUGGGAGAGGGGGUUUAGUCUGCCAAGUUCCAAUCUAACUAUCCAGUCCUCACCAAAUUAUCCUGAGCAAAGGUAUUCUGUAAAGCAGAGUGAUGCCACCAAGCUUCAUGGGAGCAUUGAGUGACAUAGGGUACAUGAAGGUUGUGGCUGCAGGAGGUGCUUAAUAAAUGUA